AUGGGGAUUAAAUCAGAAAAAGUAAAUUUUUUUAAAAAAAAUAAUAUAUUUCCAAAAGUUUGUUCAAAAAUGGAUUGUUUAACUCGGAUUUUUGAAAAAAAAAAGAAUAAAACAAUAAGAGAUCAGAAAGUUUAUUCAGAGAAAAAUGUAAAAAAUAGUUUUCAUUCUUAUUCUCAAUCAGCUAUAUCAGAUACAUCUUCAAGCAAGUUUAUAGAAAAUCGUUCAAAAGAUCCUUUGAUUAAGCAGAAAUAUAAAGAUUUGACAUCUUCACUGCCUAGUUGUGAAAAACAAAAGUAUUUUCAGGAGAUAAAGCUUGAUGAUGAUAAUUAUAUUACGAUUUCUGGGUUUAUUAUUAAUAAACCAUAUCAAUUUUUAUAUUAUUUAUUGUGUAUAAUAACAGGAGGUUUUGUAUAUUUGAUUUUCUUGUGGGUGCCUCAGUGGAAGGUGUCAUUUACUUUGAAACCAUCGCCUUUAAGCACAUGCAAUUGGGUUGUUAUUAAAGAUAAAUAUAAAGAAAUUGAUGUACUUAAAAUUAAAAAAGAAGACCGUGGUGAGCUUAUAUUUACUAUUUAUGAAGGCUUUCAAAAUCCAUAUGACUUUCAGACUAAAAAUGAGAGUUCUGAAACAACUCCUUUCACAUAUAUUGAUUAUCGAUAUCUUCGUUUUAUUUAUUAUCCAAAAGAACAAAAAUUUAUACCUACUUAUAGUUGGAAAGAUCCUCUAUUUAUGUUGCCAAUUGAAGAUAUUUCUAAAGGAUUAAGUACUCGUGCAAGAGAUGACAGAGAAGUUAUAUUUGGGAAAAAUCAGAUGGAUAUACAAGAAAAGUCAGUUAUUAGAUUAUUAAUAGAUGAAAUUCUUCAUUAUUUUUAUAUUUUUCAAAUAUUUUCUAUUAUAUUAUGGUUUUCUGACACAUACUAUUACUAUGCAUCGUGUAUUCUUGCUAUUUCAGCCAUGAAUAUUAUUAUUUCUUUAAUAAAUACCAAAAAGAAUAUACGGUUGCUUCGUAUAAUGUCUAGAUAUAUAUCAGAUGUCCGUGUUUUGCGAGAUGGAGUUUGGGUUACUACUUUGUCUUCUGAACUAGUUCCAGGAGAUAUUUUUGACAUAUCUGAUCCAAAUUUGAGUAUUGUCCCAUGUAGUUCUAUAUUAUUAACAGGUGAUUGCAUAAUAAAUGAAAGUUCAUUAACAGGCGAAUCUAUUCCUAUUUCCAAAAUAUUUGCUUCUAAAAGCGCUGUAGAAUUACUUAAUCAAGUUGAAACUGAAGUUCCUAAAGAAUUGCACAAACAUUAUCUUUUUUGUGGGACUAAAAUUAUUAGAGUUCGAAAGCCAUUUUCUAAAGAUCAGCAAGCACCUGCUUUAGCUAUGGUUGUAAAAACAGGGUUUAAUACUUCAAAAGGAAGUUUAAUGAGAUCUAUACUUUUUCAAAAAAGCACUAGUUUCAAAUUUUACCAAGAUUCUAUGCGUUUUGUAGCUUUUAUGGCUAUGGUUGCUAUUUGUGGCUUUAUUGUCAAUGUAUUAAGAUUUGUUGAAAUGGGGAUUACAUGGAAACUUAUUAUUGUAAGAUCACUUGAUCUAAUUACAAUUGUUGUUCCUCCUGCUUUACCGACAACUUUAGCAAUUGGAGCUAAUUUUGCAAUUUCAAGACUUAAAAAACGCCAAAUAUACUGCACUAGUCCUUCUAAAAUAAACAUAUCAGGAACAGUAGACAUUAUGUGCUUCGAUAAAACAGGGACACUAACAGAAGAUGGUCUUGAUGUUUUUGGAGUAAGGGUUAUAGAUACUCCUCAUAAUAGAUUUGGAAAAAUUCAUAAAGAGUCUUUAACAUUGUCGUUUUAUGCCUCUAAUUAUAAUGAUAUAAGUCCUCAUAAUAGAGACAAUGCUAUACUUUAUACUAUGGCAACUUGUCAUUCUUUGAAAGUUCUAAAUAACCACUUAAUUAGUGACCCUUUAGAUCUAAAAAUGUUUGAUUUUACUGGAUGGAUAUUUGAAGAAAAUCAAGAAUAUCUAUCUAAAGAUGAUUCUCAAAGUUUUGAAGAUCAGAAUACUGCUCAUGAUUUCAAUCAAGAGAUUGUGUCUUCUAUUGUUAAGCCUAAGAAAGAUCUUCGAAUCAAUGAUAUUAAAGAUUCGAAUUUUGAAAAUAUAUCUUCAUUCGAACUUGGUGUUAUAAAAACUUUUGAAUUUAUUUCUCAUUUACGAAGAAUGAGUGUUAUAGUUAAAGAAUUUAGUUCAUCAGAUAUGCAAGUUUAUUUAAAAGGUGCUCCAGAGAUUAUGAAAGACGUAUGUCUUCUUAGCAGCUUGCCAGAAGAUUAUGAUCAAGUUAUUUCAUAUUAUACGGGACAUGGUUUUAGAGUAAUUGCAUGUGCUAUGAAAGUUCUACCUGAUAUGACUUGGAUCAAAGCUCAAAAAAUGACAAGAGAAGAAGUAGAAAAGGAUUUAUUCUUUGUUGGUUUUAUUAUUUUUGAAAAUAAACUCAAACCUACGUCCUCUGAAACUAUAACUACACUUAAAGAAGCUGAUAUAAGAUGUGUUAUGUGUACUGGUGAUAAUAUUUUAACAUCUAUAAGUGUUUCUAAAAGAUGUAAUAUAAUACAGCAUGAUGUGCAAGUAUAUAUGGCAACUAUACAAGGAAACAUUGAUUCUCCUGAUGCUAAGUUGAUAUGGGAAAACACUGAAAGUCCAGAAAUGAUAUUAGACAAUGAUACAUUGAUGCCUCAAUAUAUUCCAUCUGAUUCAAAUGAUCCUUCAUAUUAUAAAAAUUGUUUUCCAGAAAAAUAUUUCUUGGCAAUUACUGGAGACGUCUUCAAAUGGAUGAUUAAUUUUUCUCCAUAUGAUGUUUUUGAGAAAAUGCUUGUAAAAACUCAGGUUUUUGCCAGAAUGUCUCCAGAUGAAAAGCAUACAUUGGUCGAAAAGUUACAAUUGUUGGAUUAUUGUGUAGGUUUUUGUGGGGAUGGUGCUAAUGAUUGUGGUGCAUUAAGAGCAGCAAAUAUUGGUAUUUCUCUUUCGGAUGCAGAAGCAUCUAUUGUUUCCUCUUUUACAGACAAAAAGUUUAAUAUUACAUGUGUUUUUGAUCUUAUUCGUGAGGGUAGAGCUGCAUUAGUUACUAGUUUCAGUUGUUUUAAAUAUAUGGCACUUUAUUCUGCUAUACAGUUCAUUUCUGCAAGUAUUCUGUAUUCAUCUGCGUCCAAUCUUGGUAAUUUUCAAUAUCUGUAUAUUGAUUUGAUGCUUGUACUUCCUAUUGCUAUAUCCAUGGGUCGCUCUGAAGCAUAUCCUAAACUAGUUAAGAAACGUCCAACUGCAAGUUUGGUUUCUAAUAAGAUUAUUGGAUCACUUUUGGGAAAUAUUUUUAUAUUGUUAUCUUUACAACUUACUGUUUAUUAUCUUGUUCGUUUACAGGAUUGGUAUGAAAAACCAUUGCCCCGGUCUGAUCUUUUUGAUGUUUCAAACUCUGAUAAUUCCGCAUUAUUUACAUUUUCUUGCUACCAAUAUAUAUUAAUUGCGGUUAUACUCAGUAUUGGACCUCCAUAUCGUCAACCUAUUUAUCGCAACAGAAUAUUUGUUUUCUUUAUAGUUGUUUCUUUGAUUACAGUGACUCUUAUUUUAUGUAAACCAGCAUCUUGGAUCUAUGAAAUACUUGAGCUUUCGUAUAUAAGAUCUGAUUUUUGUCUCAUUAUCAUAUCUCUGGCAAUAUUUAACUAUACAGUUACAUGGCUUUCUGAAAAGUAUCUCUUUUUACCCAUUUCUAUCCAAAUCAGUUCAAUGAUUAGAAAACUUUUAUGUUUAAAUACAACUAAACGGAAGAAACGUUAUGAAGAGAUACAAAGUGCAUUAAAAUUUUGA